AUGACAGACCUCUUAAGAAGUGUUGUCACCGUCAUUGAUAUAUUCUACAAAUACACCAAGCAAGAUGGAGAAUGUGGCACACUGAGCAAGGAUGAGCUAAAGGAACUUCUGGAGAAAGAGUUUCGCCCAAUUCUGAAGAAUCCAGAUGAUCCAGAUAAAGUAGAUGUCAUCAUGCAUAUGCUGGAUCGAGAUCAUGACCGAAGACUGGACUUCACUGAGUUUCUUCUGAUGGUGUUCAAAUUGGCUAUGGCCUGCAACAAGGUUCUUGGAAAAGAAUACUGUAAAGCUUCAGGGUCAAAGAAGCCUAGGCAUGGUCAUCAAAAUCAAAAGGAAGAAAGUGAAACAGAAGAGGAAGAAGAGAUACCAAGACGGAAAUCAGGUUUCAGACAUUCAAGUUGGAGUGAGGGAGAGGAGCAUGGACAUAGUUCUAGCAGCUCAUGGGGAUCUGCAAAACCUCGACGUAGGUCCAACUCUAGGAGGUUGGAAAGGCACAGUGAAUUAUCCAGCUCAGAGGAACCCAGGAGAAAACACCAUGGGUCUAGCUCUGGUCAAUCUUGGAGCAGUAACAAAGAGAGACAUGGUUCCAGCUCUGAAGAGCUAGAAGAAAAAAGAAACAAGUCACAUGGUAGGUCCUCUAGAGAAGCUGGGGAAGAAUAUGAAUCUGGAUCUAGGUUAAACAGUCAGGGAAGGAAAGGUCAUAGUGGAUUGUCACAUGGACUGGAGAAGAGCAAACAUGAAUCAAAUUCUACUCAGUCAAGAAAGGGUGGAGAACAAAAGCUUGGGCCUAGCUCUGCAAGUUCAGAAAACAGCAAAACACAAAGUCAUGCAUGUGGUCACAGCAAUUCUAGUGGAUGUUGCAGACCACAAAGUGCUUCAAGUUCUUGUCAGGCAAGUCCAUCUGGGAGGCAAGGAAGUCAGUCUUGCUCUACCCAGUCAAGAUGUCAAUCAGGAACUAGCGGAGGACAAGGCUAUGGAUGUGUCUCUGGAGGUCAGUCGUCUAGAUGUUGUCAAGCUGAACCUAGAUCCUGCAGCCAGUCUUCUAGUCAGAGAGGGUACGGAUGUGGUCAUGCAGCACACUGUGGAAGACAGCAGAGCACGAGCUCACAUCAUUCAUCAUGCUGUGGAUCUGGAGCAACCCAACAUUCUGGUUAUGGUCAGCACGGAGGCAGUUCCUGUGGACACUCUUCAAGCUCUCAACAGAAGGGGUGUUGUUCAAAUGAACAUUCCAAAUGUGGUCAUCAUGGGUCUGGUUCAGGGCAGCCAUCCUGCUGUGAACAACAUGGAACAAAUUCAAGACAGUCCUCUGGCUUUAAACAACAUGGGCAUGGAUCAGGACAGUCUUGCUGUGGCCAGCAUGGUACGGCAUCAGGUCAAUCCUCAGGUUGUGGUCAACAUGGGCAGCAUGCUUCUGGUUCAGGUCAGUUGUCUGGCUGUGAUGGACAGGGAUCUGGAUCUGGUCAGUCAUCUAGCACUUGGAAACAUGGAUCUGGUCCAAGUCAGUCAUCUGGUUAUGGGAGACAAGAGUCUGGUUCAGGUCAGUCGUACAGCUCUGGGCAGCAUGAACAGACACCUGUUCACCCAGAGUCCAGUGAAGGUGAGGAACACUCAGUAGUUUCUAGGAGACACUCAGAAUCUUCUCAGAGUCAUGGUGGACACCAGCAUGGAGAAUCAGGGUCAGCAGUUCAUGGAAGCCAGAGAAGUCCUCAAAGGCAAUCUAGGGACAGCAGUAGACAGUCUCAGUAUGGGCAUGAGGAGACUUCUCAUUCAGGAGCUACGAAAGGUGCAGGAGGGCCACCUGUUCACUCUGAGUCCAGUAAAGGUGAGGAGCACACAGUAGUUUCUAGGAGAUACUCAGGAUCCACUAAGGGUCAUGGUGGACUUCAGCAUGGAGUUUCUGGGUCCACAAUUCACAGAAGCCCGAGGGGUUCUCAAAGUCAAUCUAGGGACAGUAGUAGACAGCCUCAGUCUGGCCAUGCUGAAGCCUCAGAAUCAAGGUUUGGGAGAAGUCCUAGGGAGUCACCUGUUCACAGUGAUUCCAGUGAACAUGAGGAACACUCAGUAGCAUCAAGGAGAUACUCAGGAUCCACUAAGGGCCAUGUUGGGCUUCAGUCCCAUAGAGACCCUAAAUCACAACAUGGAGAGUUGGGUUAUAGUCGUACUGCAACACAUAGUACUCACUGGCAGUCAAGGGACGGUCUAAGCAAACAAUCAAGCAAUACACAUAUCCAGUCUGAUACAAGGCAUUAUAGGUCACAUAGUACUGGCAACCAAUAUAGUUCUAGUCAACAUUGGAGACAUGGCAGCUAUGGCCGUGAAGACUAUGACUAUGGACAAUCAGGAUAUGGACCUUCUGAAGGCAGCAGAACUAGCAGUCGCAAUUCUAGUCCUUUGAGGUCAUCAUAUAGAACUACACACACACAAGUGUCAAGAUAUGGACAGUCUUUCUCUCUUUCUCACCCUGUAGGAUCCAAAGCAAAUGAAGGAAUGGGAGAGCUGGUGUUAAAAUAUAGAGAAUCAGAUACAGAUCAUGAGCAGCCAGUUGAUCACUAUAAUCUGACUGGAUCUAGUAAAGGUGGAACUCUAGUCUCUAGUCUUGGCCAUUCUGGAGUAACAUCUGAGCAUUUGAAUGACUGUGAUUUUAAGUACAGGUACAGUCUGAAAGAAAAACAAGAAACUACUCAAAACCAGCCAGUUGACCAAUCUGUUUUUGGCCAUAGUCGAUAUAUAUUAUUUCAGGACAAUUCGGAAUCCAGUUCAAUUGGAAAUCAAUCUGGAUUCAGCACUAAUAAAAGUCAAGUAUAUAACCAUGGCCAGUCAAAUGAUAGCUACCAGCUGUCAAGUGACAGUAGAAAUAGAAAUCAAAGAUCUUCUCUCAACAGCACUCUUCAGAGCCUAUCCUGUAUGGGAACUGAAGAGUGUAACUAUUUACCGUGUGCAACCACAUCGGGUGAGGGGAGACAAGGACAGGAGCCAGGAUCUGAUUCAUCAGGGACUAUCAGAAUAUAUAGUCAAAUUGUAGAUGACAAGGAGACAAGAGACUCUGAAUCCAUAGGUUACCAUGAAAAGGGGGAAGUGAAUUCAGCUUCUGCCUACAUAGAUAGCAACACUCCACUAUACACAUAUGUCCAAGAACAAAAAUACCACUAUUUUUAUUGA